UUUGAAAACCGUAGUAAAUGUAUAUAUAUUGUUGGGUGCCGUGUUGUGACUGAAGAAGCAAUGCAUCCUUUGUUCUUCUUCUCCGAUCCAUAUCCAUUUGAAGUCGUCAAUCAAUAUCUAAUUUGUUCCAAAUAUCGGAAACCCGGUUGUGGCGAUUAGAGCUCCACGAAAACCAGAAAUCCCCAAUUUCAAAAUUUCAGCUUUUCCUUCCAUGAAUCGAAAUUAUGAAUCUUUCUCCAUCUAAUCUACUAUCUUAUGGACUCCAAUUCCAAUCUCAAUCCCCCUCCGCCAACUUACAAGGAUUACUACAAGAUCUUACAACUCGAUUAUGAUGCAACUGACCACAACAUCCGCCUCAAUUACCGCAAGCUCGCUCUGAAAUGGCAUCCUGACAAACACAAGGGUGAUGCUGCUGCUACCUCUAUAUUUCAAGAAAUUAAUGAAGCUUAUUCUGUGUUAAGUGAUCCAGAUAAGAGACUUGAAUAUGAUUUGAAUGGAAAUUAUGAGAUUGACAAGUAUACUCUGCGGGAAUAUUUAUCGAGAUUCAAAGGAAUGAUACUCACUUGUAAUGGUCUUGGUAUGACACAAACAUCAAAAUGGUCACAGACACUAAUGGAACUCAAUGAUUUAAAGGAAAAUUGAGGUUCGGAGGGAGUCAUUUUAUUUCUUCACCCCUCUCCAUGAUUUAAAGGAAAAUUGAGGUGAGACAAAUAUUUGUAUCAUACUGUUAAGUAGUGCAGUUCAUUUCAUGUUCAUACUAGUUAUACAGGCCUAAUCUUGUGGUAUGUCUUCGUCCGCGCUUUGUCCCUUAUCUAUCCACAGAUGCGCAUAUGCCAGUUUAAACUAACAAGGUCAAAAUAUGUUUAACAAGAUCUAUUUACUGCUUCAAAUUGAAUUCUACUAGGAGUACAGUGUGAUUGUUCUCUUUCAAGUAAAGGGGGAAGGAACUUGAAUCUGAUUCGUGUGUUGUUGAUUGCUGGGAUUGUUAAGCAAUUUUUGUUCUUGUGCUGAUA